CUUGAUCUUUGACCCUAUCGACCCCAACAUACAGCAAGUUCUCAUCGGCAAGGCCGCCACACAAAGAACUCGUAAAAAAACCUUAUCUCAUUCUGGCUCUGAGAAAUCCCGUCAGAGUACAGGAACCGGUGUCGAAACGUCGGAUCACGCACUCGCCCGGCGCACCUCUACAAGGGAAGGGAUGGAGACGUCACCCGUUACCUCACGCAGGUCCUCCAUCUCACGUAAGAAGUCAUCCAGGAAGGAAUCCCUUGUAAGCCUAGGGGCCGAAGGCAGCGGCAAAUCAGAUCUUUCGGGAGGUAAACAGAAGUCAACGUCAGACGAACGAUCUAAGAAGAAGCCAGACACGGAAGCGAGCUCAUAUAGUUCGGGGAAAUCAGACAAGAAAGGACAACUAGGGACCUCUCAAAAGGGAGACAAGAAAGGCGGAUUUGAUAAGCUUGACGAAGGACGACUGUCAGAUCAUUCAGAAAAGUCCGAGCGACUUUCCAAAAAAUCAGAUAAGAAACGAAAUUCUGAUAAGUCCGAAAAGUCUGACAAGAAAAGACUCUCUGAUCAUUCGAAAAAGUCUGAUAAGAGACGACAGCGGGACGAAAAGUCUGAUAAUAAACGGG